CACGUGGUGGGACCUGGGUCGGUAGUACUUGCGAUAUAUGGAAAUCUAUGUCUAAAUUAUAUCUAAAAUCUAUAACUGAAUUGUAUAUAUAACUAUAUAGCUCAAGUACUACCGGGCGAAUAGCUGCAUAGUUUCAAUGUUGUCCAAAAUCUCUUUUCCAUCUAAUUUCAAUUAGACGUUAAAUUAAUUACAUUUUUCAUUGUUAAUCAUAUUUGGAGAGAUAAGUAAAUUGAAUAUAGCAAUAUUCUAAAAUAAUUUUUCUAGAGAAAUGUACGGAAAACUUUUCUCUUGUACUUAUGGUCACUGUCAUUUUUAUUUAUCCUUAUCUGCUUUUAUUAAUUAUUAUUAGUAAGUCUCCAGUUGGCUUUUGAACGAUUUACUCGUCUCAAUAUCUUGCAGAGCUCUUUUUCUUUUCUUUUCUUUUCUUCUUUUGUUUUUCUCUUUCUCCGUUUCUCUUCUUCUUUUACUCUUUUUCUAUUUCAGGUUAGAUCAUGGAUAGACCGAUCGAGUGAAUACAGAAAUUCUCAUGGGAUAUCUUUUCUGCAAAUAAUAAAGAAGAUUAAUAUUUCAAUUUUGGAUUGGCGGUUCUUGGCUGUGUGCUACGCUAACAAAAUUGUAAUAUUGAUCGUGUUUAAAAUUACUUAUUCAGUUCUGCUUGGUAUUCUAACGAGUGUACGUCGAAAUCCUGAUAGGAUAUCUUCCCUGCAAAACCUCGUUGCAAUCGAAUGCGUAGCAGUGAAAUAAUCGAUUGUUUUCCUUGCUAAAUUAAAAAAUCGCGAAGUAGAAGCAAUUUUUGUUCGUUCACGUUUCACAAUUUGAACAAUAAAUAAUUUUGUAUCGAUUGCGUGCAAUGCAAUCGUUAGAGUCAGUGUUUGUUCGCAAAGUUUUUUUGCUUCUUUAACAGUCGCACAAACUGUAUUUAUAGAAGAUAGUAGAGUUUCGCGAAAUAAAUUCAAUGGCUCUCCGUUAGUAAAUAAUUAUUAAAGUCAGUGCAUAAUUGAAGAAGAUCAUAAUCUACAGCAAAAAAUCUCAAUCUAUCACAUUUUCAACCAACUACAAAUAAUUCACUUUCAAUUUCGACCUAAUUCGCGCUCGUGCGUUUUGGAGUCAUCUCAGAACAUUUUAAAUAAAAAACGCAGUUUGAUGGCUUUUUCACAACCAAAUUCAAGAGAAUUGCAAAAUCGAAAAAUCUUAGAAGAGUUACAGUUAAAGAAACAAAUGCUAUUGAAACAAGGUGUUGCGCCGACUUUAAAUACAUCAUUAGCUGUCACUUCUACUGGCUCCGCAUCUACUGUGCCUACUACACAAUCUACUGAUGGAGUAGCAAUGAGUGCAUCGCAAAGAGCUGCUCUACAUAAUGCACAUGCAGCAUCUACAGGUUACUUUGUUACACAAGACUCCUCAUUUGGCAAUUUAAUUUUACCUGUUCUUCCAAGAUUUGACACUAAAUGA